GAGGAGGACGGAAGGAUGAAUGGUGUGCAUUCAGGUAUGAACGCUGCGGUCCGGGCUGUGACACGCAUGGGCAUCUAUGUGGGAGCCAAGGUCUUCCUCAUCUACGAGGGCUACGAGGGCCUCGUGGAAGGAGGUGACAACAUCAAGCCAGCCAACUGGCUCAGUGUCUCUAACAUCAUCCAGCUGGGUGGCACCAUCAUUGGCAGUGCCCGCUGCAAGGCCUUUACCACGCGGGAGGGACGCCUGGCAGCAGCCUACAACCUGGUCCAGCGUGGCAUCACCAACCUGUGUGUCAUCGGCGGGGAUGGCAGCCUCACGGGUGCCAACAUCUUCCGCAGCGAGUGGGGCAGCCUGCUGGAGGAGCUGAUGAAGGAAGGUAAGAUCUCGGAGAGCACAGCUCAGACCUACUCACACCUGAACAUUGCCGGGCUGGUGGGAUCUAUUGACAACGACUUCUGUGGCACCGACAUGACCAUCGGCACGGACUCUGCCCUGCAUCGCAUCAUGGAGGUCAUCGACGCCAUUACCACCACGGCCCAGAGCCAUCAGAGGACCUUCGUGCUGGAGGUGAUGGGCCGGCACUGCGGGUACCUGGCCCUGGUGUCCGCCCUGGCCUCCGGGGCCGACUGGCUGUUCAUCCCCGAGGCGCCCCCCGAGGACGGCUGGGAGAACUUCAUGUGUGAGCGGCUGGGCGAGACUCGGAGCCGAGGGUCCCGGCUGAACAUCAUCAUCAUCGCCGAGGGCGCCAUCGACCGCAAAGGGAAGCCCAUCUCGUCCCGCUACGUGAAGGACCUGGUGGUCCAGAGGCUGGGCUUCGACACGCGUGUGACUGUGCUGGGCCACGUGCAGAGGGGCGGGACCCCCUCGGCAUUUGACCGCAUCCUGAGCAGCAAGAUGGGCAUGGAGGCGGUGAUGGCGCUGCUGGAGGCCACGCCCGACACGCCAGCCUGCGUGGUCAGCCUUUCUGGGAACCAGUCUGUGCGGCUGCCCCUCAUGGAGUGUGUGCAGGUGACCAAGGAGGUGCAGAAGGCCAUGGACGAGAAGAGGUUCGACGAGGCCAUCCAGCUCCGCGGCAGGAGCUUUGAGAACAACUGGAACAUCUACAAGCUGCUCGCGCACCAGAAACUCUCCAAGGAGAAGACCAACUUCUCCCUGGCCAUCCUGAAUGUGGGGGCCCCGGCGGCAGGCAUGAACGCGGCCGUGCGCUCGGCCGUGCGCUCCGGCAUUUGCCAGGGCCACACUGUGUACGUGGUGCAUGACGGCUUCGAAGGGCUGGCCAAGGGUCAGGUGCAAGAAGUGGGCUGGCACGACGUGGCUGGCUGGCUGGGGCGUGGUGGCUCCAUGCUGGGGACCAAGAGGACGCUGCCCAAGAGCUACAUAGAGAAAAUCGUGGAGAACAUUCGCAGGUACAACAUCCACGCCCUGCUGGUCAUCGGAGGCUUCGAGGCCUAUGAGGGGGUGCUGCAGCUGGUGGAGGCGAGGGGCUGCUACGAGGAGCUCUGCAUCGUCAUGUGCGUCAUUCCUGCCACCAUCAGCAACAACGUGCCGGGCACCGACUUCAGCCUGGGCUCCGACACCGCCGUCAACGCCGCCAUGGAGGCCUAUGAGGGGGUGCUGCAGCUGGUGGAGGCGAGGGGCUGCUACGAGGAGCUCUGCAUCGUCAUGUGCGUCAUUCCUGCCACCAUCAGCAACAACGUGCCGGGCACCGACUUCAGCCUGGGCUCCGACACCGCCGUCAACGCCGCCAUGGAGAGCUGUGACCGCAUCAAGCAGUCGGCCUCGGGGACCAAGCGCCGUGUGUUCAUUGUGGAAACCAUGGGGGGCUACUGUGGCUACCUGGCCACCGUGACCGGCAUCGCCGUGGGGGCUGACGCCGCCUACAUCUUCGAGGACCCUUUCAACAUCCAAGACUUAAAGGCCAACGUGGAGCACAUGACGGAGAAGAUGAAGACGGAGAUCCAGAGGGGCUUGGUGCUUCGAAACGAGAAGUGCCAUGAACACUACACCACGGAGUUUCUGUACAACCUCUACUCCUCCGAGGGGAAGGGCAUUUUCGACUGCAGGACCAACGUCCUGGGCCACCUGCAGCAGGGUGGGGCUCCAACCCCCUUUGACCGGAACUACGGGACCAAGCUCGGGGUGAAGGCCAUGCACUGGAUGUCUGAGAAGCUCCGGGCUGUCUACCGCAAUGGGCGGGUGUUUGCCAACGCCCCAGACUCGGCCUGUGUGAUCGGCCUGAGGAAGAAGGCGGUGGCCUUCAGCCCCGUCACAGAGCUGAAGAAGGACACUGAUUUUGAGCACCGCAUGCCCCGGGAACAGUGGUGGCUGAACCUCCGGCUGAUGCUGAAAAUGCUGGCGCACUACCGCAUCAGCAUGGCCGACUACGUGUCCGGGGAGCUGGAGCACGUCACCCGCCGCACGCUGAGCAUCGACAAGGGCUUCUGAGCCGGCCCCCCCACCCCGGGCGGGCGGGCGGGCGGCGGGCAGUGGCCCUCUUGGCCCUGCUCCGGGGGCUCACAGCCCCGGCCUCACCUCUCGCUGCCCACUGGGCUCUCCUCCAGGACAGAGCACCCCAGGCACCCACCUUCCAGCCCUGGGGGACGUGGGGCAUCCGAGUCCCGACACCACUGCCCUCCUCUCAGCCCCCCGCAUGGCCCCGAGCCUCUUCCCAGGCCGGCCCGCUCCCUCACCAGCCCUUGGGGUCCAGCGCCUGUGUCUCUGUGCCAAGGUGGGGGGUGUCCCCAUGGGCCUCGCUGGAACUCUGCCCCUGUGUGCACUGGCCACUGUGGCUGACCAGAGCUUGUCACUUUUUUUAGAAAUAAAAUCACCCCAACAGUGGGGUGCUAUCAGUCUCUGGAAA